GUUACUCUGGAACCGUUGCCUUGACGACACGCAUCCACGCAUGCGCGUGCGCAACGCGGACGGUACGCGAGCGCAGCUAAAGAGUUGUGCGCGCCAGUUUCAUCCGUCACCCUCGCCUCCGUAUCAUCAUCGUUUCCACCACUACCGUCGCCACCACCACCGGUACCACCACCACCACCACCACCACCAUCACCACCACCAUCAUCAACGGUGCCCGUCACCCUCGCCUUCUCGUAAGUCCUCCGCUCUCUUUCUCUCCGUCUUUCUAUCUCUCUCUCUCGCUCCCACCCUUUCUCUCUCUCUCUCUCUCCGCCCUCGUCCUCGUGGUCCUCCGUGGCGAGCACGCGCGCGCGUCAACGCGUUAACGGGAGUCCGCGCUGUCACCGUCGAGAAACGUCAUUUCGCGGAUCUUGCGGCGGUCGACCACGAUCGGCGUACUCGAUCGUUCGCGAGCGUGCGCGCGCGCGCGCGCUUUAUCCUCCUCGAAUCCUGCUGGAGCACUCCCUUUCGUAUCUCGCUUCUCGUAUCGCGCGUCGCGCGAAAAUCACGCUGGAAACGAUCGUACGUUCGCGUUUUGUCGCGAGUGCCGGCAAAGCUGACGAAAGUGUUUUGUCGACAAGUGGCCGUUCAUAGGAAGAAAAAGAAAAUCAUUGAGCGAAGGAGCAUUCUGGGCGAGCGAUCGACGAUGUCGAUCUCUUGGAGGAACGUUUUCCUAAUGGAGGAAUUUAAUUAUUGUUGUUAAGCGUCGCGCGAGUGAUCGAGAACGGGAUCAAACUAGUUUCGAACUUGCCCGAUGUCUCCGUUUGGGAAACGCGUUACCGCGAGAACUCGAAAAGUAUCGUCAGUGAUUCGUAUUUUAAUUUAAAAAUCGGAGUCGAAUGCUUCUUCCUGCUCGCAUUAGUGCCCUCCGACAGCAGCGCGUUGGCGGCGUCGGCGACGACGGCAACGACGACGUCGCCGAUCGGACUGCUCUCUCCAUCGACGAAAAGUAACUCGGAAUAGUAUAGCGAAUUUCCCGCAGGACGCGAUGCUCGCAAUGACCCUCGACGAGCGCUCGGCAGCCUGGUGCGGGAUAGUGUUCCGCGCCUGGAAUUCGUUGGACUCGACCCGCGGGACGUCAACGCGGUUCCGAUGUACGUGACUGUCGUGAUCGCUGUCGCCAACUAUCGCGAUCGAUAUCGCGAAUUCAAGUGACAUUGCGUGAAAUCCAAGCCGCGCGCGAGAUAGUGAUGCCCCGUCUUUUGCUACGGUCUAUCCGAAGAGAGGGCGAAUCCAGCUAAUUUGAAAGGAAGAAUCUGCGAUCGAGAGAAUCGAUCCGUCGACUCCGUUGCUCCGAGAGAGUCGGUGACGAUUGUUGGCGGAUAAGGGACGGACGAGCGGUGGCCGCAGAUCGGAUAGCGCCGCGAAAAUCAACCCUUGGACGACUCGGGAACGAUCCACGGCCGGAUCGAUUCUUCGCUGCGUCUCCGCGGAAAAUGGUAGUACCUCGACCCACCUGAAGAGAGACGAGAGAGAUCUAAAUUUUCGGAGAGGUAAGGGAUCCGAGGAUCCGCGAAUCGAUCCUCUCAGCCGUCGGCCGGUGGAUAUCACGGCGCGAGCGGCGACGGUCGUGGAUUGGAUGGUGCCGCGAGGAUUAACCCUCGGCAGGACGACGACACGGGAGUCGGAGCCGGAGCAGCUACGCUUCUACGAUUCUCCGCCGCCACGGAUGGACGCGAGCGUGUGCUGUUUGCCCGCCGGUGCCGCGGCCACCACGGGGGUUACGCAGCACCCUCAUCCGGCGUCUCUGCCCGGUUUACCGUCCGCCGUCGGCGUCCAGCCGCCGACGAUCCAGCCGUCCUACGCCGCCCAAUACGCCGCCGAUCAGAUAGUGCCCGAUCGGGCCCAACCCGACGGACCCCUCGCGACCGUGCUCGGAUGCAACACGCAGGACGGCUGGCAGCAGAUCUCGUCGACGGCGUCCACCGGGAUCACCGGAGCCGUCACCGCCACCACCACCGCGUACAUCGACUACUCGUGGCUGCAGAUGCAGCAGACGUCGGACCUGGACACUUUGCUGUGCAGGCAGGAUCUCGAUCGUCUGCAGAGGUUGGACGAGGAUGAAUCGGACGCGAGAGAUGCGCGGGAGCCGUCCGUGCACAUGGAGGACUUCUUCGAGGUCGGCGGGCCUACGGCGGUGUGCCGACCACCGCAGGCCAGUUUCGUUUCCGCUAGGAGUCAGCCGGCGAGCGCCGGCCAGGACGACGACGUCUUUCUCAGGCCGCCGCUCUGGGAAGAUAUCACGUCGAGCAUUCAGAAGCUGGACCCGGAGAACGCGGACAUGCUGGGCUCGCAGUCUCACAUAAAGAUGGAGACUGACGACGUGACGCCGCCGCCGGUUCUCUCGCCGGUAGAGAUCAAGACGGAACCUUUACCGCCACCGCCGACCUUACAUCUCCUCGAAGGACCGACCGCGAAUCCCUCGCAGAAUCCCUUUCCGAAUCCCUCUAGUGUUCAGCACGUCGUCCAUCAUCGGACGACGACGUCGACAACGGCGACGACGGCGGGGCUCUUUAAGAGCUUCCCCAACGGCAACAACAAUAAUAACAACAACAACAACAACAGCGGGACUGUUAAUAGUAAUAGCACGAGCGGGAAUAAUGCCGGUAGCAAUAACAGUAGCGGCAACGGCGCCAGCAACAACAACAACAACGGCAACAACAACGGCAGUGGUAGCAAUAGUGAUUCGUCAACGGCCAAUCAUCAUCAGCCGAGCGGCAACGCGACAUCGCCGCUCUACGGCUCGAUGACGAGGCUGAUGUAUAUUUCGCCGCUGACGCCACCGAUCUCCGAUCCCGGCUCGCCCAUCGGCGCCGGUCCACCCAGGCGGACACCGCCACCCCCGUAUCCCCAGCCAGGCCCGAUCCUGAAUCCGGCCCACAGGAUCCAAUCGUCGUCGAUGUCGUCCAAAUUCAACAGACGGAAUAACCCGGAGUUGGAGAAACGCCGGGUGCACCAUUGCGAUUUCAUAGGUUGUACGAAAGUCUACACGAAGAGCUCGCAUCUGAAGGCUCAUCAGCGGAUACAUACGGGCGAGAAACCGUAUCAGUGUCAAUGGCCGGAAUGCGAGUGGCGAUUCGCCAGGAGCGACGAAUUGACGCGGCAUUACCGCAAGCACACCGGGGCUAAGCCCUUUAAAUGCGCGGUCUGCGAGCGCUCCUUCGCCAGGAGCGAUCAUCUCGCGCUGCACAUGAAGCGGCACCUCCCGAAGCAACACACCAAGUGAAGAGAGCGGGACAGCUAUAUAGGCAGAGAAAGAAGAAAAAGCGAGAGAAAGAGAGAGAUCUUCUCUUUGCUUCCCGUUCGUUCUCGACUACCUGUGUUGGACGCGCGCGCGCGCGCGCUGCGUGGUUUUCGCCAUUCAGGCUUCUAUUCGAGGCGCGGAGCUUUUCGAAACUGUCUGUUGGAGAACACAUCGAGGGUUCAGAAACGUGUAGAAAUUAUUUAAAAGAAAAAAAAGGAGUGAAAACUAUUUCUCAGAUAUUAUCUCGUAAUUUCUAAACGGAGCGAUAAUCUAUGACAUCGGACAUCGCAUUGCAGAUAUUGUAUGUAUUUACGUUGUUUUUACGCAGUUCUACGCUUUUCUUCAUCCCGUUUGCCGAUUUCAAACAUUUUAGAAAUUUAUUAUUUAUUCUUUUCAAAUUGACUUUCGAUUCGCAAACGAAAGCAUCUUCGACGUACGUUAUACGAUUACGCAAUUGUCGAUGCAAUCAAAUUCGCUGCAUCGUUCUCAAUACCAUCUCGCUAUAUAGUUUCGCAGUCGGGCUUUGGCCCGAUUCGCAAUAUAUACAUAUCAGCGGAGCAUCGAUCGAGCGUUCGAAGCGAGCCGUCUCGAGCCGAUCGCCUCGGUUACGCUCACUACCGUUCGGUUAAGCAGUCGUGACGAAAUACAUCCUCGGUGUGGGUGGCGAUCGCGAGGAAAUAUUUCGUCAUAGCGCUGUAUACUCACUCACGGACAAGUCCGAGUGGAUAUUACAAUCCCCGUUCCUCGCGGUAACUAUAUAGCGUAACUUCGCACCGAGGCCGGGAUGGACCAGAGCCGUCGACUCAUGCGAAGAGAAGUGAAGCCGAGUGCUCUUAGAAAGCGAAAACGUCCGUCUUAAACAGCAGGUUCUAUAUCAAUAAUUACAUUCGCUUCGAAACGUUUUACCUCGAAUCUGCCUUACUCUGAUACUACAAUUUUAUCGAAAUAUUUACAUUCGCGGAGAUGAUAAGAAUUUUUUCAUUCCCAUGCACGUGUUCCCCUAUAAUCCUUUCUUACAUAUUCUUAUUUACAAAAAGCUUCGACUUCGAGCACAAUCGGAAGCUCCGCUAUCGCCAUUCGUAUAUAUUUUUUAAAACUGUAUACGAGCAGUCAUCUCGCGACGCUGUCGAGUCCCGCGCGCGAAAUGAUUUGCCAGAUUAAAGCAAACGCUAUCUCGAAAUUAUCGCUAUCUCCGAGGCUGGCUGCGACUCGAGAUAUCCUGUUUGGCGUGUAAACGAUCGUCCGCUACGGUCGAGCUUAAGCCGAAGAAGCUUAAAUCCGCGUCUCGCGCCGCGCGCGCGCGCGCAUCAUCCUGGCGUCAUUUCGAUAGUCGUUCGCUAACGCGAAAUUCGCCCCGAUAUUUACCGAACCACCUCGAUAGCGGAAACAGAUAGAUAGAAGAGCGAGUAUCACGCUUCGCCGUUAUCACGUUUGUGUGUGAGAAAGCGGCACGAUAUCGUGAUGCCUUAUGUACAAAUUCGCGUAGUCUUGAAGAGAUAAGGUGUCUUAUGGCGAUCGAUGUGCGCGUGCACGUGUAUGUAUGUGUGUGGGCGAAUGUUGCAUCCGUGUGCUAUAUGCGAGUAUGUAUUUAUAUGCGUAUUCUACACACGCGGUAGUCUAUGUAUGCGCGGCUUGUGUAUACGUGUAAAAAAAAAUAAGGACAGAAGAAAAAGCAAAAGAUACGCAUUUGAUAGCCAUGUAGCUAGUGUAAUAUUAUCUGUAUAUUACGCGAAGCGAUGGGCCGGGAAUAAUUCGUUCUCACGCGUGCUCCGAUCGAUUCGAUCCGAUCCAUCGCUCGUCGUUCACCGUGCUUCGCGCGAAAGGCGUAUACACCUUUCGCGUUUAAAUCGUGCGCUUUGCGCGAAAACGCAAGAGACGAAAUUCAUAUAGCGACAGUCAGGGACGGAUUUUUGUGUGAGAGAUAGUAAAGUCUUUUAAGGUAGUUGUCUCGCGACGGUACGAUCCAAUUUUUUACUCUAAGUCAACGCGAAAACAUCCGACUACCUACAGUUACAGGCUGAAAACUUUUAAAUGGUUCUGCACGCACACAAGUGCGUGCCGUGUAACGGUCUCAGCGAUCGAUCGCUCCUUCACGUCGAAUAAUCGCGAAAAUCGAGAUCUAUUAUGGUAUUUCUAUAACUAAACGGUCAAUAAUUUCGGUUUUUCUUUACUAUUAUUUUCCCUUCUACUAUACAUAUAUCCGUUUUUCAUCAUUUUCUUGUUGUUUGUUCUAAUUAUAAAAAGUUAAAAUACGAGAUUUUUGCACGCAUUACUAUGCAAUGCAUGUUAACGUAUAGUUGAAUUUUCAAAUUUUUCUUGUUAAUUGCGAUUCGCGCUAGACAGAGACAACUAUCUUAAGUCUCGAUUUCUUGAAAAAUCGCGCUCGGAGAUCUCACGAAAUAAUCUUUGAAUAAUAACAUUCUCUUUCAAUUACAAAUGUUUAACAUUAACUUCUCGCUUGGCUGUGUCCCCAUUAAGAGCCGAAAGAAAUCACAGAUCCUCCAAUCUAAACACCGCCAAAGACGCAGAUAUAAUUUUCUUCCGAUAGAAAUAUAUUAAUCAAUUUUUUUAAAUUAUAGGGACGAAAAUGUAUCUUCUUUUUAACGCGUUGUUUGAUAACAGGCUUCAGGCCUCGAAAAGUUACCGUCCGUCCCUGGCGCGCAGCGAAAAGCGAUUUCGCGUAUCUGGACGUUCCGUUACGUUCCGAUACCGGGCAUGUCCCAUGUCUCGGGAGCGCGCGCAGGAGGCCAAAAAUUCUGUCCGUAGUCGCCGCUUUGUAUACAACGCGCGAUCGUUGUAAUAACCGAUCGAUCGGAUCGUUAUGUAGUUAUACACACGUAGUUACGAACGUUAGACGGAAAACGAAGUAACGUGUCUAUUUAUAUCUGUCUAUCCGCCUGCCUAUCUCAUUCACCGCAUUCUUCCAAAUUGACUCUUUCAAAUCGUCGUCGUCGUCGUUUAGUAUCCCUCUUCCCUCCCCCUCUCCUCUCUUGCUCGUACUCCGCUCGCGAGUACGAGCGGAGUACGCGUGUCGCGGGGAUCCUCUUCCAUCUCAUCUCACCCGUAUCUCCCGUCCUCCUUCCUCUCGUUUUCAUCUCGUUCCUCUUCGUCUUCCCCACAUUGAUAGUCCCGCUUGUCCCGCCUGUUGGGGAUCGACUUUACGAUUACUCUUAUAUUAUAAAUGUGAAAUAUACCUCAUUUGCAAAUACGCAGCAAUAGAGUCGACGCGAGCGCGCCCCGAAACGCGCCGAUAAAAUUUGCACCUCCUAUUCUCGACUUCUUACGGUCUGUCUAUAAUGUUUACGCUGUAAUUUGUGUGUUGUGUAAUUUAAAUAUAUGCGAAAUGGUAUAUCUCUCUGUAAAACA